AUGGGCUCCAACACUUCAACGACACUUUCUGAAGCUGGUACAGGUACCUCUUCCAAUUCAUCAUCACUACAAAAUCUUCUUAAUCAUCAUCGAAAAAGUAGUUCUUCUCUUCCUCAAUACGAAGGAAAUCAUUUAAAAAGACAAUCGAGUUAUAAAUCCAAAUCACCUGAUAAUGGAGAAGAAGAUAUUGCAAGGGAAGGAUCUAUUCUAGUGGAUAAACAACCAACUAUAGUGGGAUUUGUUGGAGAAUUAAUUGGAACAGCAACAAACAAUAAGAAAUCAAACCAAUCAAAGAAAGACAAGACAAUUGCUCCUUCUUCUGAGAAUUUGGCAGAUGAUGAAAUCAAACCAAUCUACUCUGCCACUUCCUUCACAAAGGGAAGCGCCUCAGAAAGAGCAAGAAACAAGUCCAAUUCAUCCUCACUGAGAGAGAGUCUCACAUCCAGCACAUCAUCAUCUUCAUCCACACUCUCAUCCUCCAACUCAUUGACCACUAUCAGCUCAUCAACAUAUCCAAUUUCAGGCACCAAAAGCUUUAAAAUUGCACGAAUGAAUUCACUCAGAGGCAAUAUCAUUCUUAAUAACACGCCACAAUCUGGCAACAACUAUCAAGCAUGGAAUACUGACACAAUCUGCUGGGAAGAAUAUAAAAGAAGAACCAUUGCUCAACAACAAAAUCAAAAGAGAAGAAAUGAAGCAAUCACAUCUCUUUCCAUGUCAACACCAGCCACAACAACCACUUACAAUAUUUCUUCACAAGAACAACUAAUGAUGAGAAAUUCUCCUCAAAGAACAAUACCUGUAAAGAGAGGAGUUAAUAACAACACAUCUAUUAAUACCUCACCAAUGACAUUCAAGAGGCAAGCAAUGCAAGUAACAACAAUUACUAAUAGAGUGGGAAUGGAAGUGGAAUCAUCACCAUUGUCAAACUUUUUGAAGAAUUUAUCGGCUGCUCCUUCUGUGGUUACUACUAGUUCUGCUGCUAUGAAUAAUAGGUAG